CAUCACUGAGCCCAUUUGAUUGGCCGAGAGGCUUAUACACAAACGAAUCAGCUUUACGGAAGGAGAACAGUCCACAGAAAAUCAUCGAAAGGCAAUAUUGGUUAUUUUGCUGUGAAUUUCCAGAAACAGAAAAUGAUCGAGGUGGUUUGCAACGAUCGCCUGGGCAAGAAAGUCCGGGUCAAGUGCAACUCUGAGGACACUAUUGGAGAUCUGAAGAAGCUCAUUGCUGCUCAGACAGGAACACGUUUUGACAAGAUUGUACUAAAGAAAUGGUAUACCAUAUUCAAGGACCACGUUUCUCUGGGUGACUAUGAAAUCCACGAUGGGAUGAACUUGGAGCUUUACUACCAGUAGACCAGAGGAGGACCUCAUGUCGAUGCUACAUAGACGACCCGCUUCAUUGACACGCGCACACACAAAUGGGACCGGUCGCAUGAAACUAUCAUGAUCAUCAAAGAGAGCAAGAGCAGUAUCUACAUAGACAUUACAUUGAUUUCAGUUUUAGUGUAUGAUUUUAGCCCACGAAUUUGUGUGAAAGAAAUGUUGUGCAGUUUUUGUUUUGAUAUUUUGGAAUUAAAGAGGAUAUUUACCUA